UUACUCUUUUGCGAGUGUUGUGUAUGGUAGUCUGGUGAUAAAUUCGUUUAUUUAUAAAUACAUCAAUGGAAAUAAAAUAUUUUUUCUCCUACGUGAGUAACAUAACGUUUCCAUUGUCCUGAAUUUGUAUUUAAAGGGCAAUUAAAAUUAAAACAGAGCAAGAUGUGUAUCAACAAGUUUCAGUUAAAUUAAUCGUAUUCACCGCCUUGAACCUAUCGUACUGAUCAUCUCAUUAUCAUUUUAUACCUUCGUUUAGUGCAGAACGGUGUUCGGUUUGUUUUGAAAAUCACUUUUUUCCUUAUUUUCAAACCAGCAACUCGUACGCGAUUUUAAUUUAUGAAUGAAAUUUACGCGAAUCACGAUCGAAAAUGUUUUACGCGAGGUUGUUUGUGUUCGCCUGUUUAUUUAUUUUUGUACGAUGUGUAUUGGAAAUUAGUAUUGUGAAGAACAAUGAUGUGGUUCCACCAGCUGAUGAUGCUGUUUGCAUGGCUAGAUUUGUUGUUCAUAAUUCAGACUGGUGUUCCUUGGCAUAUAUUUCUAAGAAUGACGGAUCAACGUUAGGAUCUCCUUUAUCAAGAAUAUAUUCCAUAAGUGACGGUACAGCGGGUAACAGCUCUGGCAUCGUAUACUUUAUGGUUUCUCCUUUAGAUCUCACUAUUCAAGACUUACUUAAAAGUAAUAAUUGCUCAGUUGUAAUGAGUUUAGCCCAAACUCAUUACUGUCAAAUGAAGAAAUAUGAUACUCAAGACCCUCGUUGUGCUCAAGUAAUUCUCGAUGGAAAUUUUGUAUUUUUGGAAAAAAAGUCAAAAGAAAUCGACAUUGCAAAGGACGUUUUAUGGAGUAGGCAUCCUGUAAUGAAAACGUGGUACCACUUUGUUCUAACUCAUAAAUGGAUUUUUGCCAAAAUGGAGAUAACGAAAAUUGCUGUAGUUGAUAUGUUCGGAGGUCGCAAAUUUCCUUCGGUUUCGGAAUAUUUCACAAAAAAUUGUACGAAAUAUGUAAGCAAUUUCACAGAAAACGUCCAUUAUCUUAGAAAUGUACAAAUUUUAAAUUAAUUUUUUUUUCAAGUGCGCCAUCUCCUUUGUACUUACAUUUACGAUUUAGGAUAGUGAAUUAAUGAUUUAGGUGUAAUAAAAUUAAGUAGAUUUUCGAUUUGAAUAUUUUUUACUGAAUAAAUAAAAAAAUUACAUUUUUA